AUGUCGGCCACACGAGGACGGUCUCGUCUUCUCUGCGAGGCCCUAGCCUCUUCAGGCAGGCGCACUGGUUCUGACCGUGGGCGAUGCAGCCAGGGAAACGCGCCGGCUUUCGCGCCGCGAAAGCACGACAGGGAACUCGUCAGUCAUCCUGAUAUCGACAAGUUCCGGCCGUCGAGUCGAUCCGAGGCUUCGCGGGCCCCGGCAGCUGGACGCGCUGUGCAUCCGGACACACUGCCCCGCUUUUACCAACCCAGUUCCGGGAUGGGCGGCGCAAUGAACGAGGGCACUCCGGGCCAGCCGAACGGCGAGCGGGGGAGAGCGAGACAAAAAUACAUUGGCUGCGCGCCGGCGGAGCCUCGGCUGCGGCCGAAACGCACGUCGACAGGCCUGGAAGACCGCAUGCUCAAGACGGGCGGGUACGGCGUCCGAAUUCACUGGGAUGAAUACGCCGGCUACCAUGCCCACGUGUCUCCGCCGGAGGUGGACUUGAUGCACGCGGACGAAGUUUUGAUGGUUCGCGACUCCCCGAGACAGUCGUGGGCUGGCGAGUCGAGGUCGGCGCAGUCGGCCGGUGAGCCGGGCGCGAAAUCCCGGGCGCUGAGCAAGUCGCGAGUUGUCCACUGCGGCGUCUCCCGCCGGUGUAUCCCGGUGUAUCAGUUUGCGCCGACGCUGUGUGAAAAGUCGUGCGAAAUCAUCGACGUUUACCGGAAAGAGCGGGUGGCGGAGCUCUGGAAGAAGCUGGACACUCGCGGUGAAGGCGUGGUGGAUCUCUUUCGGUUGGCGUCGUGCGGGGAGAAGCGAAAGACAGGCAAGCUGCACAGAUCUGACGACGACCGAGAGGAGCUUCGUCGGGGACGCCUCGGUGAACGGGAGCAGGGAGAAGGCGCGGGCGUGUCGCCCGUCGAAGAACGCUUCGUUCAGGCCUGCGUCAUGCACUUUAUCCAAAUCGCCGUCAGUCGAACCAGCGCUCAAAUCGUCAAGGACGGGGCGACGCUCGGUCCCCACUUCGACGCGGCGUUGCGCUUCACCACGGCGGGGGCGCAGGGGAGCGCCAACCCGCCAGUCGUCUUCCCCACGGAGCCGGCUGUCUAUCCGUACCCGCAUGCGCCUGACCCUGUGCGUAUCGGCUUGGAGGCGGAUGCCGAGGCGGAAGGCGCGAAAAUCGAAAGGGAAAACAAAGUCGCCAUCCAGGCGGCGAAGCGCCUGGCGCGCGAACACAACCAGGUGGUCAUGCUCAAUGUGGACGAAAAACUCGGCGCAGAUGCCUCCGCGACGCCGUCUCUCUUUGUGCCUCGCCGGAAAUUCGAGAGCGUCGCCCUCAAGGCCCUGGCUCACGAAUUUGGGAACCCGGACGUCGACAUGUUCCGAGACCGAGUCAUGUGCGAGUGCCGCAAACUCGUGGGAAAAGUGAAUCCCGAAGAAGCCAAGCGCUUCUUCAAACCGUACAUUCUCGAAUACUCGCGCAAGUUGGACGCGCGGCGCCGAAAGGCCAAGGCGCAGGGACGAGAAGGCUUCAGCCGGGGCAGAUCUGCCGAAUUUUCCCUCCGCAGCGCGACGCGGCGUGGAACGAGUCUCGGGGCGGAGGCUCUUGAUCGCGCUGAGGAUGCGAACAAGUUCCCCUUCGUCGGGCUGCGGCGCGUGGAGAACCGCUUGGACGAACAGAUCGAUCACUACUUGAGGAAGAAACAGCAACUUGUGCACUUGAAGGAAGUCCUGGACGACAUGCGCGAAGGCCAGUUUUGCACGUUUCACCCUGCCGUCAACGCGUACCCCAAGUAUCUCCAGAAGGCCUCUCGCAUGCGGAGAGCCCCUGACGACCCGCUCGUCAUUCUUGAGCGAUUCUGCGCGCAGUACACCGAGGACCGAGAGUAUCCGCGACUCGUCGAGGCCAUUCGAGAAUGUACCUUCCAACCCAACAUCCACAAGUUCGUUGCACAGGAGAAGAAAAUCCAGAAGGAUGCUGGCGCCGAGCCAAGUGAGGAAGCAGCCGGCAAGAAGCUUCCGGCGCGCAUUCCCGGAAGAAAGCAGAACGAAGCCCCAGGCAAGACUCCGGAGAAAGCGGAUGCAGAGUCGCGAGUCGACCGCCUCUUCAAAUCGAUCGAGCGGCCCUUUGACCACAUUUUCGCCGCAGAUAUAAACAAAUGGCUCCAAACCGAUGCCGGACUCUACUCCGCUUCAGAAGACGAACAGGAGGCGGAGAAAAACCCGCAGGAAAACUGGAAACGCUGGGAAGUUGAGGGUCGGUCGCCCCAGUACCGCGGUGCGGCGAAGGAUCGAAGCCAGCGCGCAGUGCUUUCUCAAGACGGCGGAGAGAUUGUCGUUCAAAUCAAAAAGGAGACGGAAGAAAAACCGUCCGUUGUUCUUCCCAGACACCGCACAACGCCUUACAACGCCUGGGUGAAUGGUCUUCGAGGCGGCUACCUGCCGAACGUCAUGGACUUCCGAAAGGGCCCGUCUGAAAAGGGAGAUCAGAAGAAGGCGGAGCGAUACAACAUGCGCGAUUGGAGUCGUUAUAUUCGCUUGGAGGAGAGGGAAGUCGAGACGCGCAUCAUUCCGAAUGAAGCGAUCAUCGACGCGGUGUGCGAGUCUGAGCUGCCCUCUGCAGCGCCCCCGCCGCCAACGAUUUGGGUCCGCCGACGGCGGUGGGAGCCGGCGCCGGAGCGUGGCCCGGACGCUCGGACGUACACCGAGGCGCAUUUCCACACAGGUGGCGACAGCCAAACAGACCGCCUUCUGCCUGCUGGGAAGCCUGCGGCUCUUACGCGGCAACAGGCCAAGGAGUACAAAAACCGCUUCCCGCCCUCGGCAGACGCCACCACCUUUGUGGUGCCGACGCCGCUCAAACUCGAUCGGCUUCGGCAGCAGUAUCGGCUGUACAUGCAGCUGAGAAACGGAAUCGAGGUCGGAGAGAUUCGGACGCCUCCAAAGGUCGUCACGCUCCGCCGAGAUGUGUUGACGGAUCUCGAAAGAGAAGUCAACCGUCAACCCCCGUCCAUCGUGCUUGCGGAAAUGCGAGACCGUUCCCUCACCAGUACGGCGGAAACGGACACCUCUGCGGAGGGCGCGAGGUUGGCGGAUGAGGGAACUGUGGACAAGUGUGGCAUGCAGGAAAAGGGCUGCGUUCCACGUUCGAUGGGUGAAGACGUGGACGGCUGGUGCAAGGCGUAG